UUAUUUAUUACUAUUAUAUAUUCUAUUUGUAAUUUUAAUUACUGCCAAAGGUGGUCUUAAGGAGUGGAGUACUGUCGCUUCUGUGUUCAUUGUAAACGCAAUUUAUAAGGGUUUUACCUUAACAGGAUCACUUUCUCUCUCAAAUCUAGGGUUUAUAAAGAUUUGGGAAAGAUUUUUUAUUUGGAAUUUUGAAUAUUCGCUGGAAUAUGGCAUUGGGAAAGAGGUGUAAUUCAAUGAAGUCGGGGCGUGUUGGAUUUGAUUCUGAAGAAGGGUUUGGUUUAGGGUUGGUGAAACACACGCGAAGCUUUGGGAGGAAAAGGGUUUUAAUCGAUAACAUUACAGAUUCGAUGCUACUUGAUUCGCCUGUCAAAACUCCAUUGAAAAGGCUUUGCAGUCUAGAGCCUGAGAAAUCUGCGCUUGAAAGCCUGCCUCAGGAUAUUCUGAUUAGGAUUCUCUGUGGUGUGGAUCAUGAUGAUUUGAAGCAACUUUUCCAUGUAUCUACAGUAAUCAGAGAAUCUACUAUGGUUGCUAAAAAAUGGCACUUCGCCUACAGUACACCAAGAAAGACUCCUGCUUUUCGAACUCCAAUUGAUUUCGAAAACCCAAAUGAGUUGGAUGAAAUUGAGGCCCCAAAUGCACCGAAGCAACAGCGCUCUUACAGGUCGCGACUAAAUGGGAAGAAGCUCGCUGACAUAUCAGUGGCAUUAUUUGCUUCUCCAAAGAAGAUGGAAACAGAGGAAGUGUGAGAACAAGAGAAGCGUAUCGUAUAUAACACGGAUUUGUUGUUUGUUGUAGAUAGGAGGACGACUGGAGUUCUGGGUUUUAUCAGAUAUCGUUUUGGGCGUUCUCUGUACAUUGGUAGAAUAUUUACAGGUCAAAGUUUAUUCUUCAACCCUUGCAUUGAAGAUGGGGAUUGGCUUGUUUGUAUCUUUGUGAGUGUACAUGUGGGGUUAGCAAGAUAUUUGUUCAAGUGCAAUCUUUGCCCUUCUGAUUCGAUAAAGAAUGAAAAAAAAAAAAAAUCAUAGUGUACAUUUGCAUACGAUUUGUGCUUAAUAAAAUGAAGAAGGAUUGAUUCAUUUUA